CCGAAGGCGCUCUGGGCACUCGCAGGGGCCGCGCUCUGCUGCUUCCUCGUCCUGGUGAUCCACGCGCAGUUCCUCAAAGAAGGUCAGCUGGCCGCCGGCACUUGUGAGAUUGUGACCCUGGACCGGGACAGCAGCCAGCCUCGGAGGACGAUCGCCCGGCAGACGGCUCGCUGUGCCUGCAGAAAGGGGCAGAUCGCGGGCACCACGAGAGCCCGGCCCGCCUGCGUGGACGCUCGAAUCAUCAAGACAAAGCAGUGGUGUGACAUGCUGCCGUGUCUGGAGGGUGAAGGCUGUGACCUGCUGAUCAACCGGUCAGGCUGGACGUGCACGCAGCCCGGCGGGCGUAUAAAGACCACCACGGUCUCCUGACAAACACAGCCCCAGCGGGGCCCCGGGAGUGGCCUUGGCUCCCUGGAGAGUCCACACCUCAGCCACGGUCCUCUGUCCGCCGUGGGCUCCACCUGUUCUCCGUCAUCCGCCCACCCUCCGUCUCUCUGUAGCCCGUCAAGGACAGCCCGCGUCCUUGGCGUCCUGAACUGACUGUGUCCGCCGCAGCGAGGAGUUUGGCCUGGGACACACCGCGGGGGCCAAGCCGGGCGUCCGUGGGAGCCUGGCCUCACCCGCCCUCCCUGGCCACGGCCUGGGCUGUGCUCUCUGAGGAGGACGAGGUGGCGGCUGCAGGGGUCUGCAGCCCGGCCAGCCCAGGAGAGGAGGACAGCGCCGGGCCCGGGGGAGGACCAGCCCUUGGGCACAGAAGUGGCCUCUCCUUGUGCCCCAGACUGUCCGAAUCACUUUUAUUUUCGUACCCUUUCAGUAUACUCGAUAGACCAAAGAGCAAAAUCUAUUUUAACUUGGACUCGCCCUCGCCGUCAGAGUCCCUUGGCUCGACGGGGGGACGCGGGGGCAGAGACAUGCCGGCGGCCCCGGUGGGGCGUGGAGGGCGGCCCCGGCAGAGGCGUCGCCUCCACGGACACUGCGGGGCACGCUGAGGGGCCGAGCCGGUGGAGGAUGCCGCGGCUGCCCCACGGCCCGGCCGGCGAUGCCGCACGCAGACCCCAUGCAGCGCCCCUCGCCACCCCUCGCCGGGAACACAGACCACCGCACACAGCCUACUCCUCUGUGCUUAGAUGGACUUGACCGACUAAAAUCACUUUCUGUUUUAACCAGUUAGACACGCCUCUCUACAGCUCAUUUCUGAUAGUGGGAUAAUCCAGUAUUUCGCCAAGAGCAUGUUGGGUCUCCCGUGACUGCUGUCUGCUCCGACACACCAUUUAGCUCCAGAAAGCAAAUUAAAGGAACCUACAGUAGCACUUGUUUGGAAGAGAUCAUUAAAUGUAUUUUGCAAAGCCUAAAGUUAUAUAUUUAACAGUUUUUAUAUGUUGUAUAUUUGUAGAAAAUCCUAUUUAACAAUUAAUGUGGUAGCCCCCGGCCGUCCUGCACGGUGGGCGGAGCGCUGGUGUCUCUGAAGGGCUCCGGGGUGGGCACGGGGGGAGCCGGGCGCGGAAGGGCAGGACUCUGGGGACGGCAGCCGAGGACGCGCCUGAGGCCACGGGAGCCGCGGCGGGUGCCUGUGGGAGGUGGGUGUCUUCACCCGCCUCGGGCCCGGCUCGGUGAAGACCCGCCCGGUGUGCGAUUUGUCGGCCACACCUCUUCCGACGGAUUUCGUGUCCCUUUUCCCGACCCUCCCCCGUGGGCAGAUCCUGAGGCCGCUGCCUCCGACCUCCUCUCCCAGUCGAUGUCCCGCUCCCUCUCCGUCUUCACGUCAGGCGGCCGAGUCACUGGGGCGGGUUGCCCUGCGGAGCACGGCAGGUGCCUGACCUUCCCGCGCCCUCCCUGGAGCACGGGGUCACCGGGCCUGACGAGCAAGGGACAAUUCCGCGUCUCCGUCCCCCGGGCCGGGCCGUCGUGCCCCGGGGUCCCUUCAUCCUCCCGAGUCUGUGCCGAACCAUACUACCUGACGGUCCAAUUAACAGGCACGCUAUGCUAGUUCAAUGCUACUAAAAAAAAAAAAAGAAAAAGAAAGAAAAAGAAAAAAAAAAUAAUAAUAAGUAUAUAGAAGCUGUCCCAGCAACCCAUAGACUAAAGAUAGGAGAGAAGACCCAUUUAUUUAAGACCCGUUUCGAUGUCCAUGAGUAUUUAAUUUACCUUUCCUGUCACCACACGUGCAGAGGUCUGAGUGUCCUGGAGGGAGAGACAUGGCAGCCGCUGGGUUCCCAGCACGGACGAGGUGGCAGUGGCCGUGGGAGGGUCUCUGCCGCCUCUCUGGGCCUGUGUCUUCCCACGGCAAGUGUAGACCCCUUCAGAGGCAGACGCUGGAGGUUUAAGAUGUUAUAGCGUUUUUUCCUUGUUUUACAGUAUUCAAUUUUGUGUUGAUUCAGCUAAAUUAUGAAAAUAAAGAAAAAAUCCUUUGGUAA